CGCAGCGUCAUCCGGAUCCGAAGCAGGAACACAAUCCCCCGAAUUGUUCAAAGUAACAUCAGCGCUGAUACUUGAGUUCCCCCCAAACAAUCACAUUUUCUUUGCAGACAUCAUCCCCCAUGUCGUACCAAUAUUUUGUACUUUUAAUGGCAUUUACCCCAUCCAUCCAGGUCAUUCCAGCCCACUCACACUCGAAUGUCUUGCGACGACAUACAAACCGCGACAGCAAGAUUGGAAACGAUAGUUUGUCCACUGAAGCCAUCAUAGGUGUCAUAGGUGUGGUUGUAGCCGUAUUGGGAAUCACCUCUUCGCUAGCGUGGACGAAGCGCACGGAAUCGCGUGGCCGAUCCUGUCGCGCCCUUUCUCUCUCCACUGCAGACGUUUACUCACUCUCGAAUCGUCCUACACACACCUACCCUUUUAUCACAUCACAAGCAACUCCACCAUGGCACCUUGCACUGGGUGGCGACGAACGGAUACCGCAACAACAACGACAGCGCUACUACAUACAGUACGAGCGCAUGGUUGUCCAUCGCUUGGCUUGAAAAUAAGUAUUGAUUGUCAAACGACGUGUAAAGUUGGAUAACUCCUGUGGUUAGCUGCUCUAGUAGGGUGUUCUCGUUCCUCGUUUUAGUUUGCGCAGAUAUUUUUUCAAGUUAGA